AUCAGUAACGUCAAAGUAGUUGUAUGAAAAUAGCACGAAAGAAAAACUUACAAUUACAAAAUCCGCAAAUAUUUACUUGUUUUAUUUUAAUUAGGUGGAUGAUAAAUCAUUGAAGGAAUUCUUAGAAACUUAAUGUGCAAUAAUGGCGACAACCGCUUAUGAGCUAGAUGCCGAUGGUUCAAAAUUUAUUCCUGCUACUCAGAGACCAGAUGGUACAUGGCGCAAACCACGACGGGUCAAGGAUGGAUAUGUACCUCAAGAAGAAGUGCCUCUCUAUGAAAGUAAAGGAAAACAGUUCAAAGCUAGACAGAACACAGGUUUGCCAGUGGGGCUCACACCUGAAAUAGUGGCUGCUGCACAGAAACCUAAAAAGAGUCGAGCAGGUACAAUACAGCCAAUACCUGGCAUGAUUAUCAAUGUGGAUAAAAAGAAGAAGAAGAAGAAGUCAGGAGCUGAUGAAGCUGCAGAAAAGUUGGCUAAGUGUGAAAUCACAGAGCCCACAUUCAGCAAUCCAUCUCCUCCAUCAUCAUCUGGAAAUAACACACCUGCUGCUAGUCAAGCAGAUCCUGCUAAGAGAUUGAAGAAUUUAAAAAAGAAAUUAAGGGACAUUGAACAACUUGAAGAAAAAGUUAAAUCUGGUGCGUUGAAAAACCCUGACAAAGAUCAAAAAGAAAAGAUGUCCAAAAAAAGUGACAUUAUUAAAGAAAUAGAAUUACUAGAAAAUCAGACUACUAGUUAAAAUAAUCUAAGCCAAAUCAAAGGUUUUUUUUAUUUGUGAAUGAAAUAUCAUGAAGUUGUCUUAAUUGGUUUUAAUUAACUGUGUUGUCUUAUGUGAGGGUGCAAAGUGAUAAAAAAUUCAUUUUAACAUAAAUUAUUU